AUGUCAACAUUCUAUCCUUCGUUGCCGCUCCGUGAUGCCUCGGUCCCCCUUCGAACCCCUUCGCCUGUCCCAUCACCCUUGAAACGGUCGACCGUGCAAUCUUCCUCCAUUACCUCGACGUAUUCGAAACUAAGCCCGCAAGAAGCCGCGGAACGCCUCAAUACAGACCUGGUUCAUGGCCUUACUCCGAGUGACGCUGAAGCGCGGUUGCUUCGGGAUGGCCCAAAUGAGCUUCCUCAUGAAGAACCAGAGCCACUUUGGCUACGGUUUCUGAAACAAUUCAAAGAGCCGUUGAUCCUUUUACUGCUUGGCUCCGCUGUAAUCUCGUUUUUUAUGCACAAUUUUGACGACGCUGUUAGCAUCACCUUGGCCGUGACAAUCGUUGUCAGCGUGGGGUUUGUGCAGGAAUACAGAUCAGAGAAAUCCCUGGAGGCAUUGAGUCGACUGGUUCCACAUUAUGCUCACUUGGUACGCAACAUACCAUCCGGGUCCACUGGACGGUCCACUCCUGGUAUGGUGAACACCAAAGACCAGUAUGAAAUGCAAGAACUCACGGAUAGCUCUUCAUGUACCACCAAUCAAGCUGCAAAGGGGUCUACAACGGUUAUUGCAAGCAAAUUGGUCCCUGGAGACCUGGUUUUAUUUUCCACUGGAGAUCGCAUUCCCGCUGACUUGCGUAUAACCCGAGCUACUCAUCUCACAAUCGACGAAUCGAAUUUGACGGGAGAGAACGAGCCAGUGUCAAAAUUCUCUCGUGCGCUAGGCAGCCCGGCAAAGACCCUCCACCCAGUUCAAAAUUCCACCCCUCCUCGAUCGCCGUUCUACUACUCACCUGCGGCUGGCACGGUUGGGACAGACCUUCGUCUCAGCGAACAACACAAUAUUGCUUUCAUGGGCACCUUGGUACGAUCCGGUCAUGGACAAGGCAUUGUGAUUGCGACCGGGCCGAAUACAGAGUUUGGAAGCAUAUCCGCCUCCCUUCAAGAAAUUGAAAGCCCAAGAACCCCUUUACAACUUUCAAUGGAUCGUCUUGGGCAGGAACUGUCCUAUGUAUCUUUUGUUGUUAUAGGUCUAAUUGUUCUCAUCGGAUUAAUCCAAGGCAGGAAGCUUCUGGAAAUGUUCACCAUAGGGGUAUCCCUCGCCGUGGCAGCGAUUCCGGAAGGACUUCCAAUCAUUGUUACAGUAACCCUAGCACUGGGCGUUCUCAGGAUGGCAAAUCGCGGAGCAAUCGUGCGGAGACUGCCUAGCGUUGAGACACUGGGCUCCGUCAAUGUGGUUUGCAGCGAUAAAACCGGAACCCUUACGCUCAAUCAUAUGACUGUUACGAAAAUGUGGCAUUUCGACGCCGAGGAGCCCUUUGAAAUUCAGAAAGAAGAUGCACCGGCUACUCUCACCGCAGCGGCUCGAACAAUACUUCGCGUUGGAAAUAUUGCCAACAAUAGCCGGCUUUCCCGUGCCCAUGCGAACUCCCCUGCAACUGCAUCUUCGGCCGCUGUUUUAUCGUCGACUGCCGACCGAUCUUCAGGUGCAGUGAGAAGCCGCUGGGUCGGCCAGCCAACCGAUGUCGCUCUCCUUGACCUUUUAGAUGUGCUUGGUGAAGACGAUGUUCGACUUAGGGUCAAUGCACGAGUGUCGGAAACGCCUUUCAGUUCGGAACGGAAGUGGAUGGGUGUUGUGGUCAGCAACAGCGCUUCAGACGGUGGCUACGAGCAUGGCAGUGAAGUUGCCUACAUCAAAGGUUCUCUUGAGGAGGUCUUAAAGCGAUGCGAUACCUAUUUAACCAAAGAUGGCCGCGAGGUGAUAUUGGAUGAACGGAGAAGGCAAAGCGCACGACAAGCUACCGAGUCAAUGGCUCAGGAAGGUUUGAGAGUGAUAGCUUUUGCGAGUGGUCCGAUCAGAAGUAUGCAAAAACCAAACUCUCUCUCCCAUAGCCAAGCGGAUGACUAUCAACUGCACGGCGAAGAAUGUUAUACGGGUCUCUGUUUUGCCGGAAUUGUCGGCAUGAAUGAUCCCCCACGCAAGGAUGUGCACAAAUCAAUUCGCCGGCUUUUAACGGGAGGAGUCAGAGUGAUAAUGAUUACUGGUGACGCUGAAACUACCGCGGUAGCCAUCGCGAAGAAACUAGGCAUGCCCAUCAACAUGUCGGGGACAGCAAGGACAGUUUUGAGAGGUGACGAAAUUGACCAUAUGAGCACUGAAGAGCUCGCACAAGCAAUGGCCACCACGUCGAUAUUCGCCCGAACCAGCCCGGAUCAUAAAAUGAAAAUUGUUAAGGCUUUACAAUAUAGAGGAGACGUCGUUGCAAUGACAGGCGACGGAGUCAACGAUGCACCAGCAUUGAAAAAAGCAGAUAUCGGAAUCUCCAUGGGCCUGCUGGGAACCGAUGUCGCAAAAGAAGCAGCUGAUAUGAUCUUAACUGAUGACGAUUUUUCUACGAUUCUUAGAGCUAUAGAGCAGGGAAAGGGCAUUUUCUACAAUAUUCAAAAUUUCAUCACAUUUCAAUUGAGCACUAGCGUUGCAGCGUUGAGUUUGGUUCUUGUCAGUACUGGAUUGGGGUUCAAGAAUCCUCUGAAUGCGAUGCAAAUAUUAUGGAUUAACAUUCUUAUGGACGGGCCACCCGCUCAGUCCCUCGGUGUUGAACCCGUCGAUCCGUCAAUCAUGGUCAGACCUCCGCGUCCCAAACAUGCCCGCGUCCUCACCAAACCUCUCAUCCGGCGCGUCCUCACCUCGGCUGCUUGCAUAAUGCUCGGUACGCUUGCGGUCUACAUCCACGAAAUGAUCGACCACACCGACGAAAUCUCCGGCGUAACCUCGCGCGUCGUCACUCGCCGCGACACGACCAUGACAUUCACCUGCUUCGUGCUCUUUGACAUGUUCAAUGCGCUGACCUGCAGAAGCGAAGGAAAGUCGGUGCUCCGUGGUCAGCUUGCACUGGCCAGCAAUAAGAUGUUCAAUUAUGCUGUGCUGGGCUCGCUCCUGGGUCAAGCAUGUGUGAUCUACCUUCCAAUCCUACAGGAUGUCUUUCAGACGGAGCCGCUGGGACUGGGGGAUUUGGUUGCCUUGCUGUGCAUUUCAAGCAGUGUCUUUUGGGUCGAUGAGAUUCGGAAGUAUUUGAUGACACGGGGUCGCGGUCGGGGCUUGUUUGGCAUUGGGGCGUCUUCUACACAGUUAUCUGCGGUUGGGUACAGUAUCAACGUGUAA